UAAGCCUUGAUAAUUCUCUAGUAUCUCGUUAGAGAUCUCUGUCGACGUUCAUUCAUUCAUCGAAAAACUCCUCCAACACCCCCUCGAGAGUCGAUCGAGACGCCAUGAUUUCUGAGGGAAACCAGUCGAAGCACGUCUGCGUGAUCGGCGCAGGUCCUUCGGGUCUGGUUUCAGCUCGGGAGCUCAGGAAAGAAGGGCACACUGUGGUGGUGUUGGAACAGAACCAUGACGUCGGAGGGCAAUGGCUUUAUGACCCCAGAGUUCAAAGAGAGGAUCCCCUGGGAAAGGGUCCUACCCUACAAGUUCACAGCAGUGUAUACGCCUCCCUUAGGAUGAUCUCCCCUCGAGAGAUCAUGGGCUUCACUGAUUUCCCAUUUUUGGUCAAGAAAGGUCGUCGGGAUGCCAGGAGGUUCCCCGGCCACAGGGAGCUCUUCUUGUAUCUCAAAGACUUCUGUGACUGGUUUGGACUGAGAGAGAUUAUAAAGUUCAACACCAGAGUUGAGUACGUGGGUAUGUUGGAUUCCGCCGGAAUUGGCAGCAGUGACGCCAAGUGGGUUGUUAGAAGCAAAGACAACGACUCCGGCGAGGUGGUGGAAGAGGUUUUUGAUGCAGUGGUGGUGGCCACUGGUCAUUAUUCUCAGCCUAGGUUGCCUUCCAUUAGAGGGAUGGAUGCAUGGAGAAGGAAGCAAAUGCAUAGUCACGUUUACAGGGUUCCCGAGGCAUUCCGUAAUGAGGUUGUGGUGGUUGUAGGGAGCUCAUUCAGCGGACAAGAUAUAUCAAUGGAGCUUGUGGAUGUGGCAAAAGAGAUUUUUCUCAGCUCUAAAUCCCUUGAAAUUUCAGAGGGCUUUGCUAAAGUAAUUUCCAAACAUGAUAAUCUGCAACUUCGUCCUCAGAUAGAUUCCCUGCGUGAGGAUGGACGGGUUUUAUUCGUGGAUGGCUCUUGGGUAAUUGCAGACUCCAUCAUUUAUUGCACAGGGUAUUCAUACUCAUUUCCAUUUCUUGACACCAAAGGAAUAGUGGUGGUGGAUGAUAACAGAGUGGGACCAUUGUAUGACCAUACAUUCCCACCAUCACUUGCCCCCUCUCUUUCUUUUGUGGGCAUUCCUAGAAAGAUCAUAGGGUUCCUUUUCUUUGAAUCACAAGCAAAAUGGAUUGCUCAACUCCUGUCUGGGAAAAGAAGAUUGCCAUCAUGGGAUGACAUGAUGCUGUCCAUUAAGGAGUUUUAUCAUUCAAGGGAUGUUGCAGGCAUACCCAAGCGCAAUACACACGACAUUGCAGAUUUUGAGUAUUGUGACAAGUAUGGAGAUCACUGUGACUUCCCACAUUUAGAAGAUUGGAGGAAAGAGCUAUGCAUAUCAGCUAUAAGAAAUUCUCUAAUCGAUUUGGAAACGUAUCGUGAUUCAUGGGACGAUGAUGAAAUGCUUCAAGUCGCCCAUCAGAGUCCUCAUUUUACCCAAUUUGGACCCCCCGAUGCUCUUAACCUAUAAACUUCAUUUAUUAUUCUAUUGGUAAUUGAUUGAUUUACAUUGUUAAGUUAAUUUGUUAUUGUUGCUUAAAAUUGAUUCAUCAGUCCUGAGGACUGAUGCCAUUUUGGCCAUCUUAUAGUUCUGUAAUUCAGCUCAUUAAGGAUUUCCCAACAAUAUAAUCAAAUACCACAUACAGUUAUAUGCUGUGCUUUAAUUAGUUGUAGUUAUAAACAAG